AUGGGUGACUCUGACCAAGAUAAGGUUGUCGCGACUUUGAAAGCGUAUCUUAAGUUGUGUGCUAAGCCGAGUCAUCGAUCUGUCAUUCUAAAGGACCAAAGUUUUCUCCAUGUUUUGAAAACUCUGAUAAAAGAUGAUCGUGUCGUUGUGAUGACAUACCUCAUAAAAAUUCUGUUGCAUCUUACGGAGUAUGGCAAUGAUGCUGAAGUUUUGAGUACAGUUCCUGGUUUCGAACAAGCCGUUUCCCUUGCUGCCGAAAAAUCAUUUCCGCCUAACAUUAUCUACAACAUGCUUGUAGUUGUCUCGCGUCUUAAAGGAGCACAGGACAGGAUGGCUCAAAACAAGGCGCCUUCCACCAAUCCCCUUUCGAAUUCUGUUGGCGGUUGCGGCGGUGUGACUAAUGGCACGGGAACUAUUCCUCGUAAAUUCGUUACACGCAAAUCAAAACAGCUAAUCUACGAGUUUGAUGAGCUGUGGGAGGAUCUGAAAUUUGAAAUUGAACGUCGAGUGUUGGCUAUGAAGGGCGUCAUCAGCUUGUACUUCAGUUCAUCUUGUAACCGUGUCACUAUUCGUACAAUUCCUUCUGUCGAUGCGCAUGAUAUUACCGACUUACUUUUCGAUUGUGGUUGCGAAAUGGUCACGCAAGUGGUGAAUGUAGAUGGAGUGGAUGAAUAUUUCAAGAUGUAUGCUAGUGAAAGGGAAAAGAAGGCUGUGGUGCUUCCUGAUUAUUUGGACGACAUGGACGUGUUGGAUCCGAAAUCAUGCAUAGUCACAAACGACUUCCUAACUGGUCGAAAAAAUGAUGGUGGCUGGUUCAGUACUAUAUCUUCCUUCGUGAAAAGCUCUCUGUGGUAG